UUUUUUUUCAAAGUAUCCUUUGAGGCAAAAAAGAGCAAUAAAAUCGGAAUCAUACUGUUAAAGCAAGGGAGGAUCGUGUUUGGAAACAAUUGCACCACUAUAUCCUAAGGAAAUGGCAGGGAGUGGUAUUUGAGAACACGCCGAUGAAGUGACGUAUGGCGAAAUAAACAUAUCGAAAAAUGUUUUAAUAAGAUAAGACUUUGAUAUCAACUUCGUGUUGAAGUAUGACUCUUUUCGUGAGAUCAAAAUGUUGAUAAUUGACAUGAAAUUUUCCUUAAGGUUUUGUUAAUAACAAAAAAUGUCAUUUAUUCACUUUUUGAUAUAAGCUGCGGUAAGGACCUCAGAGAGUUUGCUUCAGAAGUCAUGGAGGAUACGGGAAAUUAUUCCAAUGAAUAUUAUGAAGAUUAUUACGGCUAUUGGGAUAAUUAUUUUAAUUACACCUAUAGUUAUGAAAGUUCGGACUGGCUUCCCUUAAAUGAACUGGUUCCAAGUGUGACAUUUUACAGUCUGAUCGGCUUGCUUGGCAUUGCAGGAAAUGUUCUGGUCAUCGUCGCCAUUCUUACCUUCCCUCGUAUGAAGAACAUUACGAAUGUUUUUCUUCUUAGUUUGGCGUCAGCUGAUCUGUUGCUGGUUUUGAUUUGUGUUCCGAUCAAGUGUACAGCGUUUUUUACCUACACAUGGCAGAUAGGCGGAUUCCUGUGUACGUUCGUGGCCUACAUUCAGAACGUGUCCAUGGUGUGUUCAGUCAUGACGCUAACUGUGAUGAGCAUAGAGAGAUUUGUUGCUAUUCUGUAUCCUCUCAGAGCAAGAUCAGUUUGUACCAUGAAACAUGCGAAAAUUGUUACCAUUUUAAUCUGGAUUGCCUCGUUCAUCAUCGCUCUACCAACUGUGUUUGUUCAGAAGCUGAAAGAAGUUGGUAAUGAUAAAGUCACCGCCCACUGGUGUGUGAAGCAGUUUUUGUCCCAUGGCUUCGAGAUUGCUUACGAAAUUUACAUGUUUGUCAUCCUGUUUACGAUCCCCCUGAGUGUGAUGUUAGUUACCUACAUAAGAAUAUCCUUGGAAAUAUGGGACGUGGUAUCAAAACGGGCAGUAUUAAGAUCUGGGAGUGAGUACAGUUACACUUCUACCACUCCAAGCAAUGGCGGUAUGAAGAGAGAAGCAUCUUUUCUGAACCAGUCCUCUUCAAGAGCAUCCACAAAGUCAGCACCAAUUACAUAUAACGAAGAUGCCAAAACCAGGAAACAGGUAAACGUCAUUUUAAUGUUAAUGGUGAUAGUUGUGCUAUUUGCAAUUUGUUGGGGACCCAUUCUUUUGAACAAUUUGCUGGUUGCAUUCAAAGUUAUUGAUAAUCUACAUACGGGCAUCCUGAAGCCAAUGCGCAUGGCCUUCCAUCUUAUGUCGUACGCAAACAGCUGUGUCAACCCAAUCGUGUAUGGCAUAAUGUCCAAAAAUUUCCAAGACAGUUUGAAAAGUGUUCUAAAAUGUUUCAAGUCGCCGCAGACCUAUAGAACCUAUGUUUACAGUACCGAUACAACAAGAGCAUCCAUUUUGAAAUCAACAUGCAGCAACAGUGAAAAUGGUUGUAUAGAAAUGACUUGAAAAUUCACAAAAGUGUUAAGAUAUUGACCUGUCACAUUUAAAAUGUAUCAAUAAUAAUCAUAGUUUCUCAUACUUAGUAUACAAUGUAUUUUACGUAUUUCUGACGUACUAGCUGGACGUAUUUUUUAGUGCAGUGAUAUAUAUUUCAUUGAUGUUAUAAGAAUCGUUCGGAAAUAUGUAUGCAUACAUGUAUGAAUAAGUGUUCAUGAUGAAAGGGUACUUAGGAUAGUGUUAUUGUCACUGCAAAUGUAUUUAACUGUCAGAACCAUGCUUUAUAAUACAAUAUAUACGCGUAAUACAGAUAACCAAACGUGUAUCAGAAGGCUACAGAUAUAUGUAGACGUCAUGGCACUUCCGAUUUUGUAAAGUUGAAAACAUUUUAUAAUUAAAAAAAAGAGAAAACUAAUUUUAGGAUCUAAAGGAUGCGAUUUCCCCACCAUUUACACUAUUUACAGUAUUGUGUACAUGUCUUUCAUUCAUGUUUGAAGCGAGUCUUUGAUUCAUGUUUUAACUGUUCUUGUAAAUAAAUCAUUAGUAGACAUUGAUUAAUAA